CUGCCAGCAGCAAAACAAUCGUUUGCGCGGAGCUGUGGCUUGGACUCGAGGCCAUCGGUCACCACUGCGCCCCGCAUCGACGCCGCCAGGCAUCCAGAGGCUGCCCCGGCGCUCCGAACGAGCCGCACGUUGGGUAACAUAAAAGAGUGCCAAGCAGCAUGGAGCGCCCGCCGCUGCGCUACCUCAAGCCCACGCCGGGCAAGACCUUUCGGACGCUGAACGAGGCCGAGAUCGAGGCCACGGUCAAGAACAACCUGACCUUGGCCGCGGCGCUGCUCGCAAACCAGCCCGUCGACCCCGAGGUCUGGAAGCCCGCCGCCGUCGCCAUCGCGCCGCCGCCGCCGCCGCCCCCGCCACCAGUCGUGCAUGACGAGGACGGUCCAUUACCAACAGCGCCGCCGCCGGCCUACCACGAGGACCGCGCCGGCGACGUCGACGAGGAGUGCUGGGCGAGCCCUCCCAGGAGACGCUACGACCCCGACGCCUACUACGACGCCAAGGCCGCCGUGACGUCAAAUGACGUGGACAACCUCGGCCGCGGCGUCGCCGCGGCUUUGAGAUAUUCAACGGACGCCGCGCGGCAGUCCUUGGAAGCUACGGACGACUUGAGGAGGCGCAUCGCGGAGCUCGAGCUCACCGUGGCGAACAGGUUGGAGGACGAGGCGCCGCCUCCUUGUGAAGCCUUCUCUCCCUCAAGUCCACCGCCCGCGGCGUUCUCGCCCGGGUCCGUGCGGCGCGAGUGGGGCACAUCCGCCAGCACAGCCUGGACGGCGAAGGCCCGGAGCGAGGGCCGGGGCGCCGUGGGCCUGCCGGCCUGGAUGGCGCGGCCGCGGGCCCUCGACGAGUCCUGCGCGUCGUCCUGGGACCGCUUCGAGCCGGGCCCCGCGUCGCUGGACGUCGCCGCGGCCGAGGACCUGGCCGGGCCGCCCAUCGACUCGCCGGACGGCCAAUGUUCGAUUGCGCCGUCCUACGAGACGGACGACGAGCAAAUGCCCUCGCCCGGCGCCAUUAAACGCACGAAGGAGCGCGCGCGCCGCGCGAACGCGACCGUGCACGCGCUGGGGCGCGGCGCGGCCGCGUUGUACCAGGACGCGGCGCGGCGCGCGGCCGACCGCCGGCGCGCGCGGCGGUCGGAGCAGAACAAAGUACGAGCCGAGGAGGCCGAGGACGAGCUGAGACGACUCAGGGCGAAGCGGCGCGCCCUCGCGGCGCCGGGCCCCUUCGAGGGGCUCAUGAAGCGGGAAGCGGAGGCUGCCGACCGGAAACGCGAGGCGGCGCAGCAGCGCCGCCGCGAGGCCGAGGUGAAGCCGCGGACCUUUCGAGCGAAGCCCGUGCCCAACUUCGGGAAGGGUCCGCCGCCGACAUCUCGGCUUUCCGCUGCGGACCGGAAAAAAGUGCAGGAGGCGUCCCUCGCGAAGGCGAGAAGGAUGGCGCCCCGCUGUGCCGCCGUGCCGACCGCCGCGACGGACUCCAAAAGGGUGUUAGGAGAAAGGAACCAAAAUCCCGCCGCGAAACAGAUCCGCGCGAAGCUCAAAGCCGACCGGAAGCGCUGGGACGCGUACGUGAAGUUCAAGCGCGAGGGGCCGACGAGUCCUGAUCCGCGGGACGGCGAGCAGUGGGAGUAA